AUGGCAUUCCCUUAUAACGUGACAGAACAUGUUAUCGACAGCCAGUACAUCCGAGAGUAUCCUAGAGCCACGGCCACCCAAGAUGCUCCUUUGAAACUCUGUGUCAAGCAGUACACACCCAUCGACAAUCCGAAUCCCGCACCAGGCGAUGUCACCAUCGUUGCUGCACAUGGAACCGCAUUUGCAAAGGAACUAUACGAGCCUCUAUGGGAAGAUCUCCACGCUAGAAGCAAGAAAGAAGGAUUUCGAAUCCGUGCAAUCUGGAUUGCUGACAGCGCUAAUCAAGGUGCUAGCGGCAUCCUCAAUGAGGACCACUUAGGCAAUGACCCAUCAUGGCUUGAUCACAGUCGCGACCUCCUUUUGAUGAUCAACCGGUUCCGUGAGCAGAUGCCCCGGCCUAUCAUGGGACUCGGACACAGCGUGGGUGCAACCCAAAUGGUGUUCCUAUCAUUGAUCCAUUCCCGGUUAUUCUCAUCGCUCAUGCUGGUCGAGCCAUAUCUCACCGAACGGAUGCUUCAAGGGAGCGGUCCCAUUCUCCUCCGCUUGACGAUAAACAAGCGCGACGUGUGGCCGUCCCGGGCUGUCGCAAAAGAGAAGUUGCGCAAGGUUCUUCGGGGCUGGGAUCCUCGGGUGCUGCAGCGCUGGGCCGAAUUCGCAUACCGCGAGCUGCCGUCAACUAUAUACCCACAAGACGGCGCGGCACAAGCUUCGUCAUCGCCGGAUCAGGGGCCUGCCGUGACGUUGGCAACGACUAAGUAUCAGGAGGCAUUGAUGUACGCGCGAGCCAACCCUCGUCGAUACAGAGAGCUGGGCUUGCCCGAUGAGCAGAAUCGAAAGCAUCAGCACGAAGCGCCUAGUCCGCCGCAUGACCCCCUGUUUUUCCCCGAUGUGCUGGGGCCACUUGCUCCAGAACAGAAGUCCUAUCGGUGUGAGACAGUCCUUGCGGGGAGAUUGGUACCGCAUCUGCGGCCGUCGGUGCUGUUCUUGAGUGGAGCGGAGAGUCCAUUGUGCAAACUUGGGAUUCAUGAUCGGAUAGCCAAGAAAAUUGGCACUGAAUUCGGGGGAAGUGGUGGCAUGGAGCAUGGUCGAGUAAGACAUCAGCUGGUUCCAAAGGCCGCACAUACUCUGCCUCUGGAGAAGGUCACAACCACGGCAGAAGCUUUAGGGCCGUGGAUCCAGCAGGAGGUGCAGCGGUGGAAAGAUGACGAGCAGCGAAUUGCGCAAGGCUGGGAGGAAUUGCCGGCAAGGGAAAAGUCGAUGUAUUCGAAUGAGUGGAAGGAACUCGUAGAGUCGGCGGCCAACCGGAUGCUGAAGAAGCAAUCCAAGUUGUAA